AACGCAAUGCUAUGGUUUGCAGGCUUACUCUUCGUAUUUUUGCAGUGUCUAUGCUAAUCCAUUUCCAUUUCUGCGUUUGAUUGAUUCUCGUAAAAACUGGUCGAUGGUCGUCAAUCAUCAAAAGGGAAAGUCGAGUUCUGCGGUUUGAGCUGACUUUUGGUGUUUUGGGGUUGUUUGCUCUGCUGAGAUUUGAGCACCGAACUCUCUAUCUCCUUUUAGAAUUCAGAUUUGAUGAUUUCCCAUCUCUUGCUCAUUUCUAGGCUUCGAGUGGAUCCUAAUGUCUACUAGGAAAACGUUGGGUUUUAGGAUUUGAAAGGUGGGUUUUUUAGAUCGACUGACUUCGACUGUGUUGGCUCUUCAGUUUCCACCUAAUUCUUUGGAAGAAGAAACUGAAGGAAGUAAAUGGAUUUUAUCAACAUUGGAAGAAACUAAAAAAAGGGGAGUUAAUAGAAGCAAGGGAUUCCACAGCUUCAGGUUCUAAAGGGAAUCAAACCAAUAGUGAGAGGCAAAACAGGAGAUGGCGAUAUAGGUGGUGGAAGAGUUUAGUAGUUGCUGUUAGGUGCAAAAUUCUGCUGUUCAUUGGCUGUUAUUUGCCGCCAAGAAAUUCCUCUUUGAUUUGGUCCUUCUAGUGACCUAGCUUGAAAUCUUUGCUUGUUUCUCAAGGAUGGCAUUGGAUCUGUGGUCAUGAUGAAACAUGAAAAGGUUCCUUAUGGUUGAAGUUGAAGGUUUGCAAAGAAGCAGCAGAACAGGGAGUUCCCAUUUCUCAAGAUGCUGCAAUUAAUCAACCAAGCUUGUUUGUAUUCAGAUCUUUUAUUUGAUUUCAUUGAAAUUUGCUUUGAGUUUAGAAGAGGUUGAUCUUCAGUAUCACUGAAAUUUGCUUUGACUAGAACAUCUUUAUCUUGCACUGUUUCUUCAAAUACAUGGAAAGAGACUGAAAUUCAUCCAACACAUGGUCAAAGGAUGAAUAAUCUCCCUGGUCGUCAAUUUUCAACUUUUCUUAAUUCUGUUAAAGGGAUUCUCACUUCCCCCAUUGGUGGGAAUUCAGGGAGAAGAAAUUGGAAUUGGAAUCCCAUCCCAGUACCCCACAGAACAAUCCCUGAAGCCAGAGGCCAAGAUCUUGAUUUCAUUAAUGUUGCUCAUAGCCACAUUGUUCACUCUGAUUGGGAUAAGCUCAAUGCACUAUCUGCCCACCUGACUGCAUUUAGAGUCAAGCACAUUCUGUUGAAGAUCCAAAAGGACCAUGUUCUUUCACUUGAAUUCUUCAAUUGGGUCAGAACCAAAAACUUAAGUUCACAUUCCCUCGAGACUCAUUCAAUCCUUCUCCACAUUCUUACCAAAAAUUGGAAAUUCAAAUCUGCAGAAACUGUUUUGAGGAGUAUUCUUGAAUCAGCUUCGUUGGAUUUGCAUGCUAAGUUUUUCGAAGCAAUUUUGUGUUCUUAUAGGAUAUGUGAUUCUUCUCCUCGUGUGUUUGAUUCAUUGUUUAAGACUUAUGCCCAUAUGAAGAAGUUUAGGAAUGCGACUGAUACUUUUCAUAGAAUGAAGGAUUAUGGAUUUUUGCCUACUGUUGAGUCAUGCAAUGCAUAUAUGAGCUCAUUACUUGAUUUACAUAGGGUGGAUAUUGCUUUGUCAUUCUAUAAAGAAAUGCAGCGUUGUAGGAUAUCUCCUAAUGUGUAUACUCUGAACAUGGUUAUGUGUGCAUUUUGCAAGCUGGGGAAGCUUGAAAAAGCAGUGGAUAUGUUCAGAGAGAUGGAGACUGUGGGUAUUAUUCCUACCGUGGCCUCUUAUAAUACAUUGAUUGUAGGGCAUUGUGAAAACGGUCUUUUGGGCUUGGCCAUGAAGCUUAAAAACUCAAUGGGGAAGCAUGGGUUGCAGCCAAAUGUCAUUACUUUUAACACUCUCAUACAUGGUUUCUGCAAAGAAGGAAAAUUAAAUGAGGCAAAUAAGGUUUUCUCUCAGAUGAAAGCAUUGAAUGUAUGUCCUACAAGAGUAACUUACAAUACUUUGAUAAAUGCAUACAGCCAAGUGGGUGAUAGUGGAAUGGGCAACAGGCUUUAUGAGGAGAUGUUGAUGAAUGGGAUUAAGCCUGAUGUACUCACUUAUAAUGCGGUGAUACUGGGACUCUGCAAGGGUGGUAAGACUAAGAAAGCUGCUUAUCUUGUUAAAGAGCUUGAUAGAGAGAACUUAGUUCCAAAUGCAUCAACCUUUUCUGCCCUUAUUAGAGGGCAGUGUGUGAGGAGAAACUCUGACAGUGCUUAUCAACUAUACAAAAGCAUGAUCAGGUGUGGAUUCCAUCCAAAUGAGCUUACUUUUAAUAUCCUGAUUGUUACCUUAUGCAAAAAUGGAGAUUUUGAUGGAGCAGUCCAACUGUUGGGAGAAAUGCUGGAUAGAUCAAUGCUUCCUGAUUCAGGUACCUUGUCACAGCUCUGGAAUGGGCUUUCCCAGUCUGGAAAUGAUCAAUUGACAAAGAUAUUAUGCAGCAAGCUGGAAGCGAAAGACCUCAUGCUAGAAAAUUUUGACAAAUACAGAACUAACAGUUUGAGGCCAGAAAAUGGCAAUGAGGUAUUCAGACAGACCUUAUAGCUUGCAUGUUUUUCUAUCCUUGCAGCUUAUCCAGUCAAGAAAAUGUUAUUGCAUUGGUAAAACAUGGUGAGUAUAAGUUGAUGAGAAGAGGGGGUGAGGAGCUGUCCAUGGAGCUCUUAGUUGCUCUUCAAUGUUGUCUUCUAGGUGGUGAAAGUGAUGCAGAGGCUGGAAUCAAUCUCUCAUCUUUAGUAGUUGUGGAAGUAAAAGUUUGCUGGGAUUUGAUGACCUUGUUAGUUCAGAUGGGAUUCCGCUAGAUGCCCAAGGUGCUGCUAUUAAGGUAUAUUGGCCAGAAGUUAUCUAAAUGUUUAGAAGCAUAUUCUUAGUGACACAUGUUUUAUCAGAAUAAAUAUAAAUCCAAAUAUUAAAGGGAGAGCGUGCAUGUUAUCAAUGAGAUGAGUCCUUCAAGCUCAUCGUGCUCGUAAUUGGAGGAUUCUACUAAGAUGAACGAAGUUGUUUGAGGUCUUUCUCAUGAGCACAUACUAAAUUCAUAUCCAGGAUUUCAAAAGUAUUGUGCCCUUUUUAAUUACCUCUCUCCAUGUACUCGCAUUUUGGUCAAACCAUUUAAUUUGUGAAUUGCACCAUAGGAAACAGGUUUUAAGUGACAAUUAUGUAGCAGAUGAUCACCUCAUCUGAUUGGCCAAAAGACCUUUUGAGUGAGUGUCACGCUACGACAGAUAUCUUGUAAAUGGAUUUCGACGGAUGUCUUAUAAAUGGAUUUUGAUUUUACACUGCGAGUACGUACAUAAUAAAAGGACAAUGAAUAUUGGAAUGUGCAUCAUGGGAACCAGAGGCACUGAUUCUUAUUUGGAUUGCUAUGGGAUGUUGGAAGAUUUGUUAGAGUUUGAGUACUUGGGAUCAAAGCAUGAACAAAAGUGGUACGGUACCAUACAAGGUCGAGGAACUAUGGUUGAUUUGAUCUAAAGUACCAUUUGGUGGACAUUAAACCCAAGUCAGAAUUGAGAAGAGCGAUCCUUUCUUUCUUUCUAGCCAGUUAAGCCCACUAAAUUCCUCUAGAAAGGAUGGUGGUAAGUGGUUAAGACAACGGGUGAAUUUCACCGAGGACAAUAUUAACGAGAUUAAGGACUUGUUUGUUGCAGUUUUUACUUUUAGAAUA